AUGAUGAUGAGGCAGAUGAUGGAGAUUCUGGGUUUCUUCAUGAAACUGUAUAAAGUUUCAUUACAAACCCCAAUGGACAACAGCAACACUUUUAGUUCUCUGGAUAAUGUCAUGACUAACCAAAGUCCUCUACUCAUGGAUUUGAUACCUUCAAGAGAAGAUUCCACUCCGUUUUCAACAAUGCUUCCAUGGAAUCCCAUCAGAUCAGAUCCUCUACAAAUGGGUGGCUUUGAUAUCUUCAAUUCUCUCCUCACUAACAAGUACUUAUCUUCUACUUCAAGAUCUAUAGAUGUUCAAGAAACCCGCAAUAUCGAAAGCUUUGAGCUCAUGUCUCUUCCUCCUCCUCCACUUCAUCCUCUUGAUCAUAUAAGACCCUAUGAUGAUUCCUCAAACAACAUGUGGAGUUUUGGAGAUAACAGUGAAUAUCAACCAUAUUCAUGUGUGGAAGGUGCUGUUGGUCCAAGUGAACCAGUAAUGUCUACAUUUGGUGAAGAAGAUUUCCCGUUUCUGAUUUCAAACAAAAGAAACGAGCUUUCACUGAGCCUUGCCACAGAUGUUUCUGAUGAAUGCUCGGAGAUCAGCCUUUGUGCUGCUACCAAAUCUACUAGAAUAGCCUCAGAGCAAGCCUCUUGCAGCAGCAAAGACAUUUCUACUAAUGUCUCUCAAGUUAUAUUUGGCUCAAAGUAUCUUCAAUCUGUUCAAGAGAUACUAUCUCAUUUUGCCACAUACUCGCUCGAUGGCUUGGAGAAUACUCCUCAACGCUAUUAUUCAUCUCGAGGAACCGAGUCAGGGGCUGCUAACUCCUCUUUUGAGAAUCUAACCGAGUUUCUUGAUGGCACGGAUCCAGGAUCCGCAUUGCAAAGAAGAGCAUUAGAAACAAAGAAAGCUCAUCUCUUGGACCUUCUACAAAUGGUGGAUGAUCGAUACAGUCAUUGCGUAGACGAGAUUCAUACGGUUGUAUCAGCAUUCCACGCAGCAACGGAGCUAGAUCCGCAGGUACACACCCGAUUCGCACUCCAGACCAUUUCCUUCUUAUACAGGAACCUGAGAGAGAGAAUCAGCAAGAAGAUACUUGCGAUGGGAUCGGUUUUAGAGAGAGGCAAAGGCAAGUCUCAAGAGAACUCAAUGUUCCACCAGCAAUGCCUUCUUCAGCAGCUGAAACGUAAGAACCAUCAGAUUUGGAGACCGCAACGAGGUUUGCCCGAGAAAUCAGUAUCGGUUCUACGGACUUGGAUGUUCCAAAACUUUCUUCACCCUUACCCAAAAGAUUCGGAGAAACACCUUCUUGCUAUACGAAGUGGGUUGACAAGAAGUCAAGUAUCAAACUGGUUUAUAAAUGCGCGGGUUAGGCUAUGGAAGCCGAUGAUAGAAGACAUGUACGCCGAAAUGAACAAGAGGAAGCUGAGCAAUACUCACCUUCAAGGCAACGGAGCAAGUCUUAGGAUGCCAAAGUCCGUUAUGAUGAGCCAAGAAAAGGAAAAACCACUCGGAGAUAUAUCUCAGGAAAAUCGACGGCGAAUGGAGGAAGACAGAGCGGUCGUGAUCGGAGGUGGAGCGUCUCGGUACGCCCUGAAACAGGCGCGUAUAAACAGCGAGGACAUACUCAUAUGCGUCGAUGUUGAUGCGGAAUCAACGGUUGAGAUGAAGACAACGGGGACUAACGGGAGGCCUUUGAUAAGGAUGGAGUGCGUCAAGCAAGCCAUUAUUCUCUUCAUUCACAACAAGCUCUCCAUCAAUCCAGAUCAUCGCUUUGCUUUCGCUACUCUCUCCAAAUCAGCCGCUUGGCUGAAAAAGGAUUUCACCAGCGAUGCCGAAUCUGCUGUUGCUUCUCUGAGAGGAUUGUCAGCUACUAAAUCCUCUGGUCGAGCGGAUCUCACACUUCUGUUCCGUGCAGCGGCUCAACAAGCCAAAACUUCCAGAGCACAAAACCGAAUUUUGAGGGUGAUUCUCAUAUACUGCAGGUCAUCCGUGAGACCAACCCAUGAUUGGCCCAUGAACCAGAAGCACUUCACUUUGGAUGUUAUGUACCUUCACGACAAACCGAGUCCUGAUAACUGUCCUCAAGAUGUGUAUGACUCUCUUGUUGAUGCGGUAGAACAUGUUUCGGAGUAUGAAGGUUACAUCUUUGAGAGCGGUCAAGGGCUUGUGCGGUCUGUUUUCAAGCCCAUGUCCAUACUGUUAUCGCAUCCUCAGCAAAGAUGUGCUCAAGAUGAUCUCGAUUUCCCCAAGUCUCUUGCAAAGAAGGUGCCUGUGCUUGAGGUAGCAAGUGCGGAAGAUCAUUUCAGUGGGAGCAAUACUCAGACCAUAAGCCAUUGA